GAAAACUGGGCGCCAUUUUGAAAAAAAAAAAAGUGAAAACAUUCCACAUUAACCUUUAUCUUUACUAUUAUUAUUUCGUAAGAUUUGUUUCCGAGGGAGAAGACACGGACAUGGAGCCAACGGUGAGCUGGUCUCCCGAACAAACCGAGGCGCUCCUCUCCCUGUGGUCGGAGGAGGAAAUUCAACAUCCAACUCCCAAUUCCCUCACUUCAAGUCUCCAUAGAUCAAAUAAAAAGGAGAGCUCAGACGACGGCGUUUUCUACUCCGUCAAAGUGGAGGAUCCUAACGCUCCGUGUACGAGUAACGGAGCCGUCGAGGCUUCGUUGCAGACUCCGGCCCUGUGGUCACCCGCCGCAGUGGAAAGAAGAAGAGAUAAGCCCACAUGCAGCUGGUCAAAGAAAGAGGUCCUAACGCUGCUGACCCACUGGGCCAAUCCGGCCGUGCAGCAGGAGCUCAGUCGCAACGUGAGGAACAACGCCGUCUACAGCAGCCUCAGCGCCAAGCUGGCGGCGCUCGGCUACAACAAAACGGCGCAGAAGUGCAAGGAGAAGCUGAAGAAGCUGAAGCAGGACUACCGGAGGAUCAAGAACAGCAAUCACCUGGACGGCGGGAAGAAUAUCUGGUUUGACAUUAUCGACCAGGUCCUCGGCGCGCCGUCCGCCGCCGCGCCGCAGCGUCCAGAAACGCCGAGGCCGUCCUCAGCAGAUGGCGCUCUGCCGGCCGUGUUUGAAGAGAGCUGUAAAGGAUUUUCCCCUCCGGCAAACGACUUCGAAAACUCGGAGCCGGCAGCUUCACCCACCGACAUAAAGAGGGAAGCGGAUUUCUUCGUGGUCAGAAUCGAAGACGACGACGACGCGCCGUCGACGAGCGCCGCGGGUUCCUCCUCGGCUCAGCAGACGCCCGACAUGUUUGCAACCAGCCACGUGGGAAAAAGAAAAUAUGUUCACACGUGUAGCUGGUCUAAAAAGGAGGUCCAAGCUUUGUUGGCAUAUUGGGCCAAUCCGGCCGUCCAGGAGGAGCUGCGGCGCAACGUGAGGAACAACGCCGUCUACAACAGCCUCAGCUCCAAACUGGCCUCGCUGGGCUUCAACAAGUCCGCGCAGAAGUGCAAGGAGAAGAUCAAGAAACUGAAGCAGGACUACAGGAGGGUGAAGAACAGUCAGCAUGUCGGCUGGGCGAGGACCGCGUGGUACGGGAUUCUGGACGAAGUCCUGGGUUCGCAGGGCGCGGCGUCGAAACGUUCAGAAGCUUCCAAGCCUUUAUCCACAGAUCCCAAUGAGGUGGAGAUGGAGGCUGAUGAUGCUUGUAAGUGGUCCCCCGAUGAGGUCCAGGUGCUCAUCACUCUCUGGGCACAGCCCAACAUCCAGAACCAGCUGCUCGCCUCGGAGGAAAACGAGGAGGUGUUCGCGUACCUGAGCGACGAGCUGGCUCAGGUGGGAUUCAGCAAGUCGCCGCAGCAGUGCAGUCUGAAAGUGGACAAGCUCAAGCAGCGCUACACCGAACUCAAGCAAGCGGGGGCAAACGUGAGCGACAAGAGCGACUGGUUCGCCAUCAUGGACAGCGUUCUCUUCCCCGAAGGAGAAGCCUCUAAAGAGCGGAGUCUAUCGGCUGUGCUGACGGCCUCCAAACCCCCUGAAGAUUUCUCGCACACCCUGUGGGCGACGGAGGAAGUGGACGCUCUGCUCACCAAAUGGGCGGAGGAGCGCGUCCAGGAGCAGCUGAACUCCACGCAGGACGACGAGAGGGUGUACGCGCAGCUGAGCUCCGAGCUGGCCACCCAGGGCUUCGACAAGACCACCAGCCAGUGCAGGACCAAGCUCCGACUGCUGAAGCAAGAGUACGAAAGGAUCAAGGAGCAGAAAGACUCCAAAGCGCAGAAGACCAAAUGGUUCGUCAUCAUGGAGAAGGUUUUUGGUUGCAAUAAGCCAGAAAUGGAGACGAACCCUGUUUCUGUGGAAACCGCACGGCGCGCAAAGCCUAAAAGACCGGAGGGGUGUGGCUUGUCCAUCCCCUCUCUGUGCCUCCUGGUUCCCACCCUGCGCCUGAUGUGUGCCUUUGCCUGGAAGGUGAUCCAGAGCGGCAACGUUGCACAUUACCGAAAAGUGGAGGAGCUGGUGGUGCUGGUGACGGAGCUGGCUCCGGAGCUGCUCACGCCCAGAGAAAGGGUGCAGCUCCUGCUCAGACUGAGGGCGAGGUUUGUGCUGGAGUUGUGUCAGAGUAAAAACACAGCCAACCUGCUGAACAUCCAGCCCCACCUGAAGAUUAUACAGGAGCUCAAGAUGAGUGCUGGCUGUGGUCAAGAGGAGCUGAACGAGUUGGCGAGUUCGAAGUCAAAUUUUGUCGAGGUCGUUUACGCCUUGCUCGAGGACGCAGAGGAAAGGAAGAGGUUUUUCACGGAAGUUUUCCCGAUCCACUAUGGACAACAGUAUGAAGCCACGCUGCAAAGACUGGUUUGGAAAUUCAUCUCCCGACUGGACAACCUCUUGCCCAUUCCUGAUAUCAAACAGACGGCAGAGUGGCUCAGCAGCGCCCCCUCUGUCAUGGAAGAAUGUGGGAAGCUGGUUUUGGAUCCAGAACAUCUGAAGACGCUCCUGAACUUCCAAGAGCAACAAACAGGAAAUCCAAACAAAGGCUUACCUCAGGCUCAGAAUAUGUUUUUGCCUUCGCUGUCUCUUCGUCUGAAAAUGAACUCGAAGCAGCAACAACCGGUCCAAGACAAAGGGUCAACUGCUGCUGCAGCUGAUGAUGAUGAUGCUGAUGAUGAUGAUGAUGAUGAAAGCCGAAGACGUGACAGCUCAAUCCUGGAGAACCUGAACGAGAACCAGAGCGAUAGUCUGGGAGCUGCAAACUGCUCAAGCGUCAUCUCUACACCUUUAAAACUGCACCGCUGCUCCAUGUGUCCCUUUACUGACACCAAAGUGUCCGCACUUCUCAGUCACAUCAGACAGGAACACCUGAGUCCGUUCGAGGACACUUUUGAAGACCACUUGUUUCAAAACGCCAGCAUCGGGCUCGACUGCGAGUUUCCCAGCGAGCUCCUGUCAAAUGUAGCAGCCUCAAACAGCCAAGGUCCUCCAUAUCAAUGCGACAAGUGUGACAAAAGGUACCUCUCCAAAUCCUCCCUGAUCGUCCACUACCGGAUCCACACGGGCGAGACCCCGUACCUGUGCUCCCACUGCGGCCAGGGCUUCAGGUCCUCGGCGUACCUCGACCUGCACACGCGAGUCCACACGGGAGAGCGGCGCUACAAGUGUCACAUCUGUGGCAAGACCUCCAACCAGCACCUGACGAGGCACAUGCGCAUGCACAGGGGGGAGAAGAACUACCUGUGCACCGAGUGCGGCAAGGCGUUCCUCUCCAACGGGGAGCUUAAGCUUCACAUGCGGUACCACACGGGGGAGAGGCCGUACACGUGCAAACACUGCGGGAAAGGCUUCAUCGCCAAAUGUCUGCUGACGGUUCACACUCGUCGGCACACCGGGGAGAGUCCCUACAGGUGCCCAAUGUGUCCGAAAUCCUUUCCCACGCUGAGGGCGCAGAAAAAGCACCUGAAUAUCCACUCCAACAAGAAGUCCUUACAGUGUUUGGAAUGUGGCCGAAUCUUCAGGCUGGAGGACACUUUUAAACUGCACGUUAAAACACAUGAACUAAUAUAGACUCAUUUUAAUAGGAUUCUGGGUUUUAAAAGAACAUGGAUUUUUACAAACUAUUUAAGGUUUUAAAAAAAAUCACAGCCUUGGUUGGCUCUUUCCAUAUUAUAUGACCUUGAAGGAAAAGAAACAGCUCAAGUCUGCAGUGCAAUUAUUUUAUAAAAACUGUAUAGCUAGCAUUCCAAAAAAAAAAAAA